CUCUAUAUCUGCUUUCAGGCAUAGUCUUGUAUUGAAUGAACGGUAAGCUAUUUGUUUAGCCCAGCAGCUGGAUCCAUAAUGUUUCUAAUGUAGAGCGAGGCUGCGCGUAAUACACUCGCCGGCCGAUUUAUUAUGGAGAGCAACUUGUUCAUGUGCCAGAUACCUGACUCAGCAGAAAGAUCCACUCCAGAUAAGUGUUUUAUGGCUCCGGGUCUGCACUGAGCUGAGGUACGCCGACUCAACAGUGCUCUGGCCGUGUGCUCCUCUCCUCUCUGCACUCGGGCAGUCAUGGCUCUCCUGUCCAUCCUCACGCCCGUCCUAGCGGCGAUCCUGUGCUUGGUGAUAGGCUUCAUGAUGGUGAAAUCUCAACAGUCCGAGGCCCCCACUACAGCUGAGGGCAAAACUAAAGGGGCCUCAAAAACGCCCGUUAGACCGUGGGUGGACCAGGACUUACAGGAUGAUUCUGAAAUCACAACAGGAGGAGGAGAUGAUAAUGACUGGGAUGACAGCAAUGAAGAGGAGGACCUUGCCCAUGUGCCUUACUCACCACCUCGUUACCUAGAGGAAAAGAUGCUGCAGAGAUCCAAGGAUUUUUACACCUUGAUGAACCAGCGGAGGACUGUCCGGUUCAUCAGCCCCGAGCCAGUGCCACGAGAGGUCAUCGACAAUGUCAUCCUCACCGCAGGUACGGCUCCCAGUGGAGCACACACAGAGCCGUGGACGUUUGUUGUGGUGUCAGAUCUGGAUAUGAAGCAUCAGAUCAGACUCAUAGUGGAGGAGGAGGAGGAGAUGAACUACCGCCAGAGGAUGGGGGAUAAGUGGGUCACUGAUCUGGCCAAGUUAAGGACAAACUGGAUUAAGGAGUAUUUGGAUGUUGCUCCAUAUCUGAUCCUCAUCUUCAAACAGACCUAUGGGAUGGUGCCAAACAGCAAGAAGAAGACACACUAUUACAAUGAAAUCAGUGUGUCCAUAUCCUGCGGGAUCCUGCUGGCUGCCCUUCAGAACGUGGGUCUUGUCACCGUCACAUCGACACCCCUGAACUGCGGUCCUCAGCUCAGGCACCUCCUCAAACGGCCCGUCAACGAGAAGCUGCUGAUGCUUCUCCCUGUGGGUUAUCCUGCCACUGAUGCCACUGUGCCGGAUUUGAAACGCAAGCGUCUGGAUGAUAUUAUGGUGAAAAUCUAAACAAAUCAAUUUGCGGAGAAAAUAAAAUCUUAAAA